AUGAAAGCUGCGAGAUUGGCAAUCGAAGAGCUGACAUGCUCUGAUACGAUCAGUCACCUACCUGAUGACUUGCUCUUUCGAAUCCUCUCAUUGGUUCCGGUGAGAACUGCAAUGUCCACAAGCUUAUUGUCUAAACGAUGGAACUAUGUGCGGAAGAUGAUGCCAACGCUCGUGUAUGACGAAACUUGUCCCUACAAUGGUUCCCUUGGAUUUGACCAAUUUUGUGGUAUGUCCUUGCCAUUACACGAAGCUCCUGUUCUUAAAACCCUAGAUAUCGAACUUGGGAAAUACUCUGAUUCCAUAGAUACUCUCUUAUUCCCAAACAUCCGUUCCACUCUCCUAGAGAUCAAAAUCACUUUGAAAUAUUAUCCGAUUCUUUACUCUCCCAUCAGAUUCCCAGGUAACCUCAACGUCUUCAAAACACUUCUUGUCUUGAAACUCACAGGCAGGAUUGCUGUGGACUUUGUAGACUCACCUGUUUGUUUCCCUUCCCUGAAAAUUUUGCACCUCAUACGUGUGAGGUUUCAGUACAACGAAGAAUCUUUCAAAAGAGUUUUAUCGGCUUGUCCUGUUCUUGAAGAUUUCGACCUCCAAAGACAUUGCAGUUUUGGACAUUUCUUGUACACCAUAUCAGUCCCUUCUCUACAGAGACUGUCCAUUACUUCAGAAUGUGCCACCUGUGGUUUAGAUGACCCAAGAUUCGAGAUAAACGCUCCUUCUUUGAACUACUUAAAGAUCCAUGAUCGUGUAGGUUGUUUUAAUUUUGUUGAGGAUAUGCCUAAGCUGGUGGAGGCUAAUAUUUCCGUGCAUGAGUCAAAAACAGGGAAGCUCAUGAAAGUUCUUACUUCACUUGAGCAUCUUUCCUUAAGUUUGUACCCUUCAAUGGUAUAA